AUGAGUUACAAUCAAUCCAAUAACCAGGACUAUGGCUCCUACAACCCUUAUGGCCAAGGCGGCAAUCCAUACGCCCAGCAGGACAAUCACAACCCAGCUUAUGGAGGCCGGCCUCCUCCACAACAAGAGCAAAACAGCAGUUAUUAUGCUGAUGAAGAGCGACAAGGUGGCUAUGAAAUGGGUAAUGUGAACGGCGCCGACCCAAACCGCGUUCUCAACGAGUGCCGAGCAGUUGACCAAGCCAUUGAUGAGAUCGAGGCAGACCUACAACGCCUCAGAGGCCUACAAUCUCGAUACCUCGCUGAUACGAAUACUUCGGCUCAGUCCCCACUUCGGAUUGAAGUUGACCGAACUGGAGACAGCAUCAUGACCAAAUACCGAGGCCUGGUCAGCCGCGUCAAGAAAAUCAAGUCCCAGCCGGAAUCUGGCAAUCCCCGUAAUGCUCCUCAGGUGGGAAAAGUCGAUCGCAGACUCAAAACUGCCAUUAACCAAUACCAACAAGUCGAGCGGGAAUUCCGAAAAGCCUCUCAAGAGCAGAUGGCCCGACAAUACAGAAUUGUUCGACCAGAUGCCUCUGACGCUGAAGUGCGUGAGGCUGUUGAAGACCCAAAUAACCAACAGAUUUUCAGCUCCGCUUUGAUUCAGAGCGAUCGUCGCGGCGAGGCUCAAACUGUUGCAAGGAACGUCUCUCAACGCCACGAAGAUAUCCAGAAGAUCGAAAGACAGAUGAUCGAGCUAGCACAACUGUUCCAGGAUCUCGAGACCUUGGUUGUGCAACAAGAACCUGCUGUCACUCAGAUCGAACAAAGAGGAGAAGAAGUCACCGAACAUGUCGCCAAGGCCAAUACCGAGCUCGGAGGAGCUGUUGAGAAGGCUCGAGCUGCCCGGAGAAAGAAGUGGUGGUGCUUGGGUAUUUGCGUCCUUAUCGUACUCAUCAUCGUUGUCGUGGUGGUGGUCGUUAUCAAGACUAGAUAG